CGUGGGCUCCUUCAGAUGUUGCUUAGGUGGUUUAAAUGAUCUCCUCUUGAUGUAUUUUCUUUCUUGUUGCUUCCUCCAGAUAUCAUAUAAGCUACUUUAAUCAUGGGAGAAAUAGAGCAGAGGCCGACUCCAGGGUCGCGACUGGGAGCCCCAGAGAAUUCGGGGAUCAGUACCUUGGAGCAUGGACAGAAGCCGCCCCCAACACCUUCAGGAAAACUCAUAUCCAUCAAAAUCCAGAUGCUGGAUGACACCCAGGAGGCAUUUGAAGUUCCACAAAGGGCUCCUGGGAAAGUGCUGCUGGAUGCCGUUUGCAAUCACCUCAACCUCGUGGAAGGUGACUAUUUCGGCCUUGAGUUUCCUGACCACAAAAAGAUCACAGUAUGGCUGGAUCUCUUAAAACCUAUUGUGAAACAGAUUAGAAGGCCAAAGCAUGUUGUUGUUAAGUUUGUGGUGAAAUUCUUUCCACCUGACCACGCACAGCUCCAAGAAGAACUCACAAGGUACCUGUUUGCUCUGCAGCUGAAGCAGGACUUGGCUCAAGGCAGGCUGACGUGUAACGAUACCAGUGCCGCCCUCCUGAUCUCACACAUCGUGCAGUCUGAGAUUGGGGACUUUGAUGAAGCAUUGGACAGAGAGCACUUAGCAAAAAAUAAGUACAUACCUCAGCAAGACGCACUAGAAGACAAAAUCGUGGAAUUUCACCAUAACCACAUCGGACAAACACCAGCAGAAUCCGAUUUCCAGCUCCUGGAGAUUGCCCGUCGGCUGGAGAUGUAUGGGAUCCGGCUGCACCCGGCCAAGGACAGGGAAGGCACUAAGAUCAACCUGGCCGUUGCCAACACGGGAAUUCUGGUGUUUCAGGGUUUCACUAAGAUCAAUGCCUUCAACUGGGCAAAGGUGCGGAAACUUAGCUUCAAGAGGAAGCGCUUUCUCAUCAAGCUCCGCCCGGACGCAAAUAGCUCAUACCAGGAUACCUUGGAAUUCCUGAUGGCCAGUCGGGAUUUUUGCAAGUCCUUCUGGAAAAUCUGUGUUGAACAUCAUGCCUUUUUUAGACUGUUUGAAGAGCCCAAACCAAAGCCAAAACCUGUUCUCUUUAGUCGAGGGUCGUCCUUUCGGUUCAGCGGCCGGACUCAAAAGCAAGUUCUCGACUAUGUCAAAGAAGGAGGACAUAAGAAGGUGCAGUUUGAAAGGAAACACAGCAAGAUUCAUUCCAUCAGGAGCUUUGCUUCACAGCCCACAGAACCGAACUCAGAAGUGCCAAAACAAUCUCCGCAGAGCACCGGCCUUACCUAUGGAGAAGGUGCUGAACCGCCAGGUGGCCACAGCUGCCAGCAAGGAAGGGAACUGAAAGUUUCAGCCGAAGAGCCUGGGCCACAGCAAAGUCCUUCUCUGCAGAAGAGCCCACUGGGUAACAAGAAGGCAGAUGGAGCCGUGACGGUGAUGGUGGAGGAGGAGGAGGAGGAGGUCGUUAAGGAUAGGACCCUGCAGAGUAAACCUCCGCCUCUGCAGCCAAGCACAGGUCCAGCAUCCAGGGCUGCGGGAGGCAGCAGCGCUUCCAUCCCUUUCAUUGACUGCAGUGAUGUAGAUAGUGAAUACGAUCUUCUCAGAGAACAAGUGUCCCAGUCACGGUCCCAAACAAAUGACAAUUAUGAGGGUGAUUUGACCAGUGGUGUGUAUCUGCUUUCCAGGGAUGAGAGGCAGACAGAGGCUAGGCACAGGGCUUCCCUUCAUUCUGUAAAGUCUUCCCGGCCUCCCUCCAGAGAAUUCAUUGAUGACGAUUCAGCAGACAUAACCUUUGAUAUCAGUGGGAGCCCCAGACUCCCAAGACAUAGCUCUCUAAUAGACGAAAUGUUCAGGGGCUCGGGUGGUCACAGCCCCCUGGCCAGCCCAUUGUCUCCCAGCAGCAGAAGUUCAAGUCCAGGCUCCCUGACCGGUAGCCCUCACCUUUCAGAACUCUCGGUCAACUCGCCCGGCGGGGCCGCACCUGCCAACGUCACCCUGUCGCCCAACCUGAGCCCCGACACCAAGCAGGCGUCUCCCUUGGUCAGCCCGCUGCUGAAUGACCAGGCGUGCCCCAGGACGGACGACGAGGAAGAGGUCCGUAGAAAGAGAUUGCCAACUGACAAAGCGUACUUCAUUGCUAAGGAAGUAUCGUCCACUGAAAGAACAUACCUGAAGGACCUUGAAGUCAUCACUUCGUGGUUUCAGAGCACAGUGAACAAAGAGGACUCUAUGCCUGAAACAUUGAAAAGUCUCAUAUUCCCGAAUUUUGAACCUUUGCACAGAUUUCACACUAGUUUUCUCAAGGAAAUCGAGCAACGACUCGCCCUGUGGGAAGGCCGCUCAAAUGCCCACAUGCAAGGAGAUUACCAAAGAAUCGGGGAUGUCAUGCUGAAGAACAUCCAGGGCAUGAAGCCCCUGGCCGUUCACCUGUGGAAGCACAGUGAGGCUUUGGAGGGACUGGAGAAUGAGAUCAGGGGCUCCCGGCGGCUGGAGAACUUCUGCAGAGACUUCGAGCUACAGAAGGUGUGUUACUUGCCGCUCAACACCUUCCUGCUGCGGCCAUUGCACCGGCUCAUGCACUACAAGCAGAUCCUGGAGCGGCUCUGCAAGCAUCACCCCCCGAACCAUGCCGACUUCAGGGACUGCCGAGCUGCUUUGGCAGAGAUUACUGAAAUGGUGGCACAGCUUCAUGGUACAAUGAUCAAAAUGGAGAAUUUCCAGAAGCUGCAUGAACUCAAGAAAGAUUUGAUUGGCAUCGACAAUCUUGUAAUUCCAGGAAGGGAGUUCAUCCGCCUGGGAAGCCUCAGCAAGCUCUCCGGGAAGGGGCUACAGCAGCGCAUGUUUUUCCUGUUCAACGACGUCUUGCUGUACACAAGCAGAGGGCUGACAGCCUCCAAUCAGUUCAAAGUCCACGGGCAGCUCCCCCUCUAUGGCAUGACGAUAGAGAAGAGUGAGGACGAGUGGGGGGUGCCCCACUGCCUGACCCUCCGCGGCCAGCGCCAGUCCAUCAUCGUGGCUGCCAGUUCUCGAUCCGAGAUGGAAAAGUGGGUUGAGGACAUCCAGAUGGCCAUUGAUUUGGCAGAGAAAAGCAGCGGCCCCACCCCGGAGUUACUGGCCAGCAGCCCCCCUGACAAUAAGUCCCCGGACGAAGGCACGGCCGCCGACCAGGAGUCCGAGGACGACCUCAGCGCCUCGCGCACGUCGCUGGAGCGCCAGGCCCCGCACCGCGGCAACACCAUGGUGCACGUGUGCUGGCACCGCAACACCAGCGUCUCCAUGGUGGACUUCAGCAUCGCCGUGGAGAAUCAGUUAUCCGGGAACCUGCUGAGGAAAUUCAAGAACAGCAACGGGUGGCAGAAGCUGUGGGUGGUCUUCACCAACUUCUGCCUCUUCUUCUACAAGGCACACCAGGACAGUCAUCCCCUCGCCAGCUUGCCCCUGCUAGGAUACUCGCUCACGAUUCCCUCAGAAUCCGAGAACAUCCACAAGGACUACGUGUUCAAGCUGCAUUUCAAGUCCCACGUGUACUACUUCAGGGCUGAAAGUGAAUACACGUUUGACAGGUGGAUGGAGGUGAUCCGCAGUGCCACCAGCUCGGCCUCACGCACCCACGUUUUAAGUCACAAAGAAUCUCAUGUGUAUUGACGGCUGGACACACUUGUUGGCUGUGUCAGCAGUAGCUGCUUUCCAGAAGACGUGACUUCCUUCUGUACUCGUGACGCCUGGGAAAAUUAACACCCGUCUGAAAAGUGAAAAUGUGGUUUCACAGCAGCUCUCAUCUGUCUCUGCAGAAGUGGUUUUCAACCUUGUCUGUCCGUGUUGAUUUCUCAUCUAAAUGGAAGUGCUCCCACCUUCAGCCUGGGAGCCGUGCUGUCUGUCCUCCUCUUGGUGGGCUGUUUUCUAAGCUUGCGCCAGUAGUAGAACAUUGUCAUUACUAUCGUGCCAAAUGACAUUUUUUCCUCAACUGCACCUUAAAGGCAGUACAAAUAUAUCCGUUCAACCAACAGGACAAGUGCUCUUUCUGAAAAAAGAAACUUCUAUUGUUCUGAUCUAGAGGCUGUUGCAUUUUAAAAAUGGAAUAUGCAUUUUCCAGUGUUUGCAAUACACACGACUCAGUCUUAAGCAAAUGAGAUCAUUUUCAGAUUUCGUUUUUUUCAAUCUUUCUACUUUUGUAAUAAUCGAUCAGUAGGACUGCCUUCUUAGAUUAUAAGCAUUCUGCAGCACGCAGCGUUCCACUUUGGGCUUCCACGCUCCAAUGAAAACCCUUCGUAUCAGACCCACUUCUUGGCGCAAGCUGACCAAACCGUUUGAUUACUAUUGACAGAACGUAGCGGGCUUGUUUUCUGUUCACAGAGAAGCAGAAACCCAGUGAGUGUCUGCGCUCACUGUCCCGUGAGCGGUGUAGACAGUGGGAAGAUAGUAAGCCGCGGUGUUUUGCUGUUUGUUUCAUGAGCAUGAAAACUACCUGUAUGUCACUGAUCAGGGCCAUGUGUGAUAUGUUACGUUAUGGAGAGUUUUUGUGAGUUUAUGUGGAUGCAGAAACACUAUAAGUAAUGGUACGUAGUUUCCCCAGGCACCCGUUAUUAACCUAUAUCCUACGGCAACUGUGGUCUGACACUGCGCAUUUAUAGUAGUCUAUAUCGUGCCUGUCUUCAAAAAUCAACAUUCUUUUCUCUUUUUAUACUCACCCCCCUCCCCUGGCAUAGGUACCAGCAGUAUGACGUUGCACACCUUGACAGCUGGACAACACUGGGAACCUGGUUUCCAGCAAGGGCUGGGGCCCACUAGUUGAAAAAUGUCUGCCUAUUCUAUUCUCUCUGGUGAUCGGGAGGCUGCUAUUCCCUUUUUACUGAAGGUCCUUUCUAAAGCAAGUCUGACACAAUCCAGAGGGAGAGGUCACGUCCACAUAGUUCUCAGCCAGCAUUCCGCACCACAGCUGGGAAAGCCUGUCUCAUUCAGAAACACGCAGGAAACAGACUUUGGGGAGCUGGGCAUGUGGGCAUGGCAAUUUACAGACGGACGUAUAGCUUGAGACUUGUUAAUCAUUUGCCUUACAAUAUGUACCAGAUGGUUUUAAGUACUAACAAAAGGGAAUAAAAAUACCUCACGCCACAGUCCAGCAAAGUUUUAAGGCAAAACAACCAACUCUGUCUGUUGUCUUUAUUUUCAUCAAAUGUGUGCGGCAGGGCCAGGGGUGGGUACGGGCCACCACCACCACCCACCUGCUGGUCAGGGGAAGGUGUCGGCUGUUCACAUCAGGGUAGGUGUGAUGGAGAAAGAGAACAGACUCAAAGAACACUUUUACAGAAAACUUACACAGUCUUUUUUCUUUCUUGAACUUGGUUGCUACUGGGGAAAUAAAACACUUCUAGAAGGAGACCAACAAUUAGCAGGUUACAUAAAAGGCAAAGACUACUCAAGUGAAGGAGAGAGGCUGAGGCCACAUCCCGUGAGGGAGGCAGAGCUGUGGAAGGCCCUGCAAACACAAGUGGGCACUGAGGCGUCUACAGCACCCUGCAGGCAGGACAAACAUCCUGGAGAUGUGAAACUGCAGUGCACUUGACCACGGUCACCAAGUGACUGGUCACUGAGCAGCCGAGACAGCACAGGUGGCACCAGAAAACUUCUCCCUCCAGAAGUCAGGAAGGACUCAGGGAUGAGGUACUGCCCUCUCUCGGUAUUUCUGAAUGAGUCUAAACCACUUGCUGGGCACUGUGGUUCAGGUCUAUGAUUGGGCUCUCUGUGCUUCCUUGCCUGCAGCACCUGAGAACUAACUAGACCCCAGCUGAGUGCUGCCACUGUUCUUGCCGCCACCCUACCCAACAUUUCCUGGAAAACUCUACCUGUAGAGCUGUACUCACACACAGGAAACCUUGAGUGUCUCUGUAAGUUUUCAGUUUAGCAACGAAAGAUUCGAAAACCUGGACUUCAACUACAGGGGAAAAAUAUAAAGCACUAUGUCUUCACCAUCUGAAUAAAGUGGGGGCGGGUGGGUGUCUCAGUUCCCCAGUGCUGCCAUAACAAACACAAGUGAGUGACUGUAAAGAACAGAAUUCUUUUUCUCACAGUUCAGGAGGCUGGAAGUCCGAGUUCAGGCUCUAGGGAGAGAGGUCCUUCCUUGUCCCCAGCUGCAGGAGUUCCUUGCUGCUCCUUGGAGUCUGUCCUCCCCCAUCUGUGUCUGUCCUGGUCUUCUAUAACUCAGAAGUGAUUAGGUUUAGGAUCCACCCUACACUGGUAUGACCUCAUUAACACAAAAGAAAACCCCUAUUUCCAAACAAGGUCAGAUUUACAGGUCAACACAUUUUGGGGGACCACAAUUCAAUCUACAGCAGUAGGUAUACGCAUUACCUAACCCCUUGUGAACACAAAGGAAAGCUAAGUGAAAGUAACACGGGUAACUCAGACCCCUCCCAAACUGCCAGGACGGAUGGACUUUCAGACACUCUACACACAAGACACAUAAUUACAAAAAUAGUACUUUGCUGUGUACUUUUAUUGAACCUUGCAUCAUACAGUCCCUGUGCUUAAGAACACCCUGUAACACACUCCCCAUUUAUUGCCAUAUUUUGUAGCAGAAAUACAGAAACCAUAUUUUUAAAGGAAGUCAAUAUAAAAAUGCUUAUAAAUUGACCGUACGUUUUACCAAAAGGUAUAAAACACUACAUAAAGAACUGGACUAGAUACUUCACAAGACCACCUUGAAGACGGGUUACAAACCUGUUGGAUUUGCAAGGGACAUGGCAUUCAUUUCAUCAAGAAAAUGAGAAGAGCCCACACGAGCCAUAGCUCCUAACCUGAGACCAGAAGAACUAGAUGGUGCCCAGCCACCACUGCUGACCAGUCUGACCAGGGACCAAACAGACGGUCCCAGAUAGAACGGGAGAAAAAUGUAGAGCAAAACUCAAAUUCCUUACAAAAGGCCAGACCUACCAGACCGAUCGAGACUAGAGGCAUCUGUAAGACUAUCACCCUAAGAUACCCUCUGAACUUGGAAUUGAAGGUAUUUCUUCAGGUCACCUUUCCUCCAAAUAGAUUGGCUUAUAAAAUAAACAAUGUCACCAUUGAGUUAUGUCCCUUAAUUAAACAAUUAACUAUAUGAGCCCAAAUGAUCAACAUUUACCGAAAAGCAAAGAUGGGAAGGCAAGAAGGGGAAGGGAAGCUAGAUCAAUGGAAACAGAACAAACAAAGGAGAAUAAUAAGAAUGCUGACGCAGUGUGAAAACCGUAAGCAGUGGCAUGGAACAAUCUGUAUAAACAACUGUUAAAAGGGAACCUAAUUGGCUGUGUAAACUUUCACCUAAAACACGAUAAAAUAUUAUUUAAAAAAAGAAGAAAACGAGAACAGCAGCUCUGUUACAUUGCCAGGGCAUCACAAACUACACUGGUGGCCCACCCCAGGGAAUGCAAUCGGCCAGAACGCAGAAAAGACAAAUUCGAAACGAAUACCCACCAGGCCAAACAGACCACAGCCACCACUCUGUCCUGCCACUCACUUUUGUAUCGAACCAGUUUGCUACACCAAGCUGCAUAAACAUAGCCUGCAGUCUAGGUACACAUGCCGCCGACAGAUGGAGUUUGCCAUUGACAUCCUUCCAAGUGUUGGUCAAUCCCUCUCGAAUGCUGAGCCCACAGGUCGGCCUAAGUAUCCACGACAGUCGAUACUGGCUAAGGCAGGUUCAUUUUUAGUUCCAGUACCUGGUCUCUCUCUUCCAAAGAAGGACCUGGAGUGGAUACACAAAUGCUAGGCUCCUCAGCUAGCCGAGAUCCCCUUAAGAACAUUUCAGCCGAUUGUCUCUCUACAGAAAGUAACAAGCCAGAAGAGCUUAUACAGGGGGUGAUCAACUUUUAAAAUCCAAUCAAACCUCUUCCCCAGUAAGCUUAAUAUACAGAAGCAGCUUCUAAUAAACUCUGCGUCAUCUGCUGCUUUUCACAGGAGAUGGAAUUGUGCAUUACAGUAGCCUAGUGAUUGCAGAGUACCUAUUAACUGUUCACACCAACAUGCCUCCCCUAUCAACAUGACCAUAGCUACUCACACUUGGGACUGGCUUCAGCAUCCAAAGUCAGGACCUCAUGGCCAUUUGUAAAUGUGAAGAGCUUUGUAAGUCAUAAACUGGCUGGCUGGGCUGGCUUUCUUAAAACCAGCCAAGCAGCAUACCUUGGGCGACACGGAUUCAUUGCUUUGAGUGGGAAUCUUUCUCCUGCGAUGGGCAAUACCUUACAGAGGGAAAUAUUUUCCCCCAGCAGAAUACUCUCUAGAAACAUAAAACGUUCUCAAAUUUUUUUUAUUGUUCAAGCUAAAAUUCUUGCUCCAGAAUAAUGCAUACAGUAAGCAUUAGCAAUUAAGUUCUCCUUCUGGCCAAAAUGCAGCCCUUACAGAAAUAGUUUGACCUGAAUCUAUUUCUAACACAAAAUUAUGAUUUAAUUUCAGAGUUUAAAAACCAGACCCCAUUAACUCAUCUAGCCAAUAACCACCGAAACUCUUCUGCCUCAGACCCCUCCCUUUCCCCCUGAAACUGAACAGCCACUAAGCCAGCAGAUACUUAUCUUCCAUCCAGAAGUCUACCCAGUAACUUCCUUAUUUCCCAAAGUCCUUUGUCUUCCCCCUCACGAACUGGCACUCCAACAACAAAGAAAUGACAAUAAUUAGCAUCAGCAAACACAAAGGAAUGCCAGCUUAAGUCAGGCAGUCCAGAACUGCUAUAAGAACGCUGUUUCCCAUCCGAGAAACCAAUGGAUUAUUUCCAGGCUGGCAAGGUCCUGCAGCAAGCCAAGAAAAAUAUGGCCACCCUGGCUGACACCCUAGUGGACCCAGGCUCCUUAAAAAAAAAAUCAACGACCCUUCAUGAAGGUCCCUCGGAAGAGGUACAGCAACGUUCCACCACAUCUUCUCAAGGACAAGUUUUGGACAGUUGUACAGGGAGCUGACUGGGAUACUCUGACUUUUGAAUCUUAGCACU